AGUGGUUCUAUUUUACCUGAUCAACUCAUCAACCAGCAUCAUCUGUCCCGUCUCGGCUGUUUAGGCUCCUUCGCUAAUCCCUUACAAGCAAAUAAGUUUAGUGUCUGGUUUUUAGGGGAUGAGAAAAUAUUGAGUUUUUACAUUGAAUUUUUAAAAUUGAUCCGCUCAGCAUCGAUCCUAGAUGCGGUUUAAACGGUCUCGGUCCUUCGAUCUGGCGCCCUUCUCCCUUGAACGAGUCGCUGCUGCCAUUGAUUUUCUGUUUGCAUACAGAUUUUGACUAGAUUAUGAAGCAGUGGUUCUUGUAGCUCUCCUACUCUUCUUCUUUACACUCUCUCUCACCAAAAAAUAUAUUCAUAUCAAGACCUUUUCAGCAUCAAGUUGGAGGGAGAGUGUGAAGGACAAUGGAGGCAGCACUGGGAUUGAUGAGAAGAAUGCCGCCAAAGCACAUGGAGACGGCCCUCUCUGCUUUGCUCAGCCUCUUGCCAGAUCACUCUUCUGAUCUCCUUUCUCAGGUGGAUCAGCCUCUUCAGUCUAUGUGUGAUCUGGAAACUGGGAAAGAAUUUAUAUUGUGUGAAUACAACAGAGAUGCUGACUCAUAUAGGUCGCCAUUGUCAAAUACUUAUCAUCCACCAUUAGAAGAUGGAGCUUUUCCAUCUGCAGAGUUAAGGAAACUCGAGAUUGAAGCAAAUGAAGUCUUUGCUGUUUAUCGUGACCAGUAUUAUGAAGGCGGCAUCUCAUCGGUUUACAUGUGGGAAGAUGAAAAUGAAGGUUUCAUUGCCUGCUUCUUAAUAAAGAAAGAUGGCUCAAAAUCUGGACAUGGUAGGAGAGGUUAUUUGCAGGAAGGUGCCUGGGAUGCUAUACAUGUUGUGCAGGUGGGCUCAGAGGACGAAGGGACGACUCAGUACUCCCUAACCAGCACGGUGAUACUUUCUUUGACGACGAACAAUGAGUCGUCUGGCACCUUCAACUUGUCAGGGUCUAUUAGAAGACAGAUGAAGAUGCAUCUCCCUGUGUCAGAGGGUCAUUUAUGCAACAUGGGAAAGAUGAUCGAGGAAAUGGAGGGAAAGCUUAGAAACUCGCUCGAUCAGGUUUAUUUUGGUAAGACGAAAGAAAUGGUCUGUGUUUUACGCCCCCCUUCCGAGCUUGUUCAAACAAAACUGCCUGCCACCUAAGAUUUUUCAUCCCAUCUCAUCGAUGGGCAUUCUUAAGAUACACCUCCAGAAGUGUUACUACUGCCAACGAGUUUAUUUAGUGUUAUUUCAUUUAUGAACUCAGUUACUUCUAGUGUCACGAGAGGACUUGAGUCCUAUUGGUAUAAUUACAUACUGAUUACUAUUUUUUUUUUUUAUUAUAAAAAAGAUGACAUCCAUCUUUGAAAGUAUCCAGGAUCGGUCAAACAAUUAUAUGGAAGGAUAUAAAUUGAGUUUUGAUCGCAACCACUCACAUGUAUAUAUAAAGAUAAAGAAAGAGAUCCUAUCAAGUAUCAAUCCU